AUCCUCAAGAUUAGGGUUUCGAUAUCCAGUUACAUCUUACCAGUGCAUCAACAGUCAACCGGAACAAAGCAAGUCAACGAGGAAGAAAGCAAGUAAACAAGUUAGUUAUACUAGUGCGUCGUGGCUUUAAAAUAAUCAGAAUACCUACUGGUAAAGGCUUCGUUGAUUCGAUUCGAUUCACGCUCGGUCUGUCGGACCAAGCACGGGGGUGGUGCUUACCAGCAGUUAAUUAAUUAAUGGAUACCCCAAAGGGUAGCAAUUCGGACUCCUCACAAUUCAAAAAGCAAAGAACAAACGACAUUAUUAUACAACUUGACAAUCUACACGAGUUGACUUGAACUAACCAUACAAUUGUCCAGUGCGGUAUAUAUACCUGAUCAUGAGUUCUACUACAACAGCCAGAGAGGAAUCUUCUGGUGAAUCCAGCAGUACCACCAACUAUCUAUUGAUUGACAUUGAGAAUGCUCACUUGAAAAAGAAUCACCAAGCCGUGGGGAUUGGGAAUAUGAGGAUUGGCAAGAUGGAUCCAUUUGUGGUUUUGUCCUCCAGACGAGUCCAUGCGUCCACCACCCUCAGUACCGAAAUCACACGGACUCCGACCCAUUGGGAUUCCCACUUUGAGCCCGCGUGGUUUCACGAAUGUCCCCGCAUUCCACUGAAUACCGACGACGACGAUGUAUUGGUAUUUUGCGUCUACAACGACUGCAGUUUGGGAGCGACAGGACGCAAGGAAAUGGGACAGUGUCAAACGACGGUGAAAGAGCUAUUGAAACAAUAUCACGAUCGCCUGAAAUGUUCCAAAUCUUCGUCCUUGGGAUUGGGAGGAGAUACCAAACAACAAUCCUGUCGGAUUCUCUUGCCAUUGUCCGACGAGAAUGGGACACUGACACUUCAAGUCAAGGUCCGAGAACCAGCACAACAGCAACAACAUACCAGCAGCACGAAUGCCAAAUUCACACCCGUCGAUCCCUCCUGGUUUGAAUCGCCCGUCACACGGUUGGGAGUGUCGGGGGGUACGGCACCCUUUUUCAAACUCCAACUCACAAAGGCAGGCAUGGAGGCCACCAACCAGACCUCUGCUUCCUAUUAUAUUGGAAAGGACCUCAGUCAUGCCGAAGACGAACGCGAAUUUUACGAAAAGAUUCUCUCCAUUCAAGCCAAUGGCGAGGAAUCCACCGGCGUGGGUCUCUUGACACCUUUUCUGUUUGAUUACUUGGGCGUCCUGGAAACCAAAACCACUGAUUCGGACAAACCCUGUCAAUUGCUUGUAUUUCAAAAUCUCCGGAAUGAUCAAGAUGCCUUUCGCAUGCUCGAUUUGAAAAUGGGACAACAAACCGCCGUGGGAGGGUGGCAGGGCAAAUCGCGACUCCGAGCCAUGAAACAAAAUGUACUUGAUGGCAUGACCAAUUCGACACUGGAAGGAUACCGCUUGGAAGGAUUCGACGGACAACCGGAACGGGUCGAAUCGAUGGAUCCACUCUUGGAUAUUCUGGCCGAACAAAAAGACAAGGACGAAACCGAAUCCACACACACGGACAAAGUGACCGUCUGGGGACGCAAGGUAUCCGAAAAGCAAGCCAAAAAGGCCAAGCGCAUGCUAUUCCAAACACUGACGGGAGCCGAUAUUUUUCGAUUCUUUGCCGAUGUGCAUCUCCAACAACAACAACCAGCGAUUGAAGAUAUUCAAACCCAAUAUAUUGCCUCCGAAAUGGCCGAAAUUGUCAUGCACGAGUUGGUGACCCAACUGGUCCGAUUGGCCGUCACCUGCCAUAAGGUCCAAGUGCCGCAAAAAUGGAUUGGAAGCUCCGUCGCCUUGGGAUUUGAUUGUGGAUUCUUUCCCACACGCAGCAACAAAGCAGAGGCUCAAAUUCGCUCCAAGGUCAUUACCAACGUGUUUGAUUGGGGACGAUCCGAACUGUUGACGCAACGCCGAUAUGACUCCAUGACCCCAGCCGAACAAACCGAUCGACAACAAUUCUGGACCAACUACAAGGAUGGAAUGGACCGAUUGGCAUACAAUGCCACACGAGAAUAUUAUCAUCAUUUUACCAAUAGUACCCAAUGGACCGAAGUGACACUGCGCGUGAUGGACUUUGAUUCCUUGACGGCCGACGACUAUAUUGGAAAAGUCCACAUUCCAUUGCCCGAUCCAUCCGACACGGCAGCGGUGCAAGCGCUGCAAUCCAGCCGUCCGUACGAACUGCACUGUGGAGAAGGUGGCCACGGCAAGCGGUGUGGGACUGUGUUUUGUGCCAUUUCCUGGAUGGACUGUCCUGCCGGAUCGAGACUGCGCGGCAUGUGGCGUGUCACCGUCUUGUAUGCCAAGGAUCUGCCAGCCAUGGAUGUCAACAUGUCGUCGGAUCCCUACUGCAUCGUCGUGGCCAAGGAUUCCAACAACAACCGGGUACUGUCGCAAAUGACCUGUGUCAAGACGCGGACGUUGAAUCCGCAAUGGAACGAAACAGUGGAUAUUCCCGUGGUCCAACAUGCCCGCAGUCUCAGCAAGGCAUUGGCGGCUGAAGGGGUGGUGCUGGACUUUUCCCCUUCCGAAGAUGUCAUGGAUCAAGAAAUGGGCCGCCUCUUCGAGUUUCAACCACACGCCAGUAAGAGCGGCGCCGAGUUGGUCCAAGAAUGGUCGGCCUUCCUGCGCAAAGCAGGACGGUUAUCCUAGCACAUUGCUGCCUCCGUCACUGUGGAUGGCAAAGCAAUUGUCGGAUCGGGAAUUGGCCAAGCUUCUACCGCUGGGGCCCCAUUCGACAAUUCAGAAAAGUGGCGGAGGCAGUAAUAACAGUUCUUGUCGAGAACAAGAGGCAUUUGCCGAAUGGAGGAAUCGACUCCAAGAGGCAGCCCAAGGCACGCCUUUGUAGUGGGAGAGCCGCGUGUGCGCUUUUCUAAGGUUUUUGUUCAAUUUGUUUUAUACCUUGCAUUUUAAUAACAUAUCUUUUCAUAUCCGU